UGGUUGCUAAAUUGACACCUCCUUUCUUUCCGGUUGUCAAAAAGUGCAGAGACGACUCAUUUAGUUAAAAAUGGCUGACGUUGAUGUUGAUGUUCCCUCCGCUGCUCCAGUCAUUGGUGACAAAAUGGACAUUAAUACCGCCUUACAAGAAGUGCUGAAGAAGUCUCUCAUCGCUGAUGGUUUGGUGCAUGGUAUUCAUCAAGCUUGUAAAGCUUUAGACAAGCGUCAAGCUGUUUUGUGUAUCCUUGCUGAUUCAAUGGAUGAAGAUCUUUACAAGAAACUUGUUACCGCACUCUGCCAUGAACAUCAAAUCCCUCUUAUCCGUGUUGAUUCACACAAGAAAUUGGGUGAAUGGUCUGGUUUGUGCAAGAUCGACAAAGAAGGCAAGCCACGCAAGGUCAGUGGAUGUGCUGUUGUGGUCAUUAAGGAUUUCGGUGAGGAGACACCUGCUUUGGAUGUUGUGAAGGAGCAUUUACGCCAAAAUAGUUAAACGCACUGUGUGUGUCCUAUUUUUAAAAAACAAACAUAGUGAUUUGUGGCAGUAAAUGAACACGAUAUACAAAAGCCGUCGUGUUUAUUUGAGCAGUAAAGUUCUUUUAUAAAUAAAAAAUACUACAAAGUGAAAAA